AUGGCUUCUGAAUACUUUGUCUUCGAUCUGUCGUCGCGUUCGCUGUUUGCGACUGUUACUGUUGCAAUGGUUCAUUUCUGGUGCUGGAGCGCAGCGGCGGUGUGCACGACCUUACCCAUCGCAGCGAGCACAUCCUUGAAAAGUGCCAAUGAUUCAGAAGUGCUGGAAUAUGUCAAUCCUUUGAUUGGAAGCCAGGCAGGAGGCAACGUGUUCGCCGGCGCUACGUUGCCCUAUGGCAUGGUGAAAGCUUCCCCAGACGUCAAUGGCGAGAAUACAGGAGGAUUCUCCACUGAUGGCUCUCAAAUCACCGGCUUCUCAGCUCUCCAUGACUCCGGAACGGGCGGCAACCCUAGUCUCGGCAACUUCCCUAUCUUUCCUCAAAUAUGCCCCAGUAACGAUAUCAACACGUGCAAAUUCCCCUUGGGAGCGAGAGCUACCAAUUAUACCAAUGACUCCAUCAUUGCAAAACCAGGAUACUUCAGUGUAUCUCUUGAAAACGGCAUCAAGGCUGAGAUAGCAGUCUCUGAGCAUGCCGCUCUUUUCGAAUUUGACUUUUCUAGGGGCUCGAACGGAAAUGGAAGCGCGGAUCCGUUGAUCAUGCUCGAUCUCACUGAUCUCUGGGCUAGUCGGCAGAACGCAUCUAUCCACAUUGAGGCAGAAGAGGGAAGUGAAGGCGGAAGAAUCAAGGGAAAUGGAACUUUCCUACCCAGCUUCGGAGCCGGAUCUUACAUCGCAUACUUCUGUCUGGAUUUGAGCGGCGGUACAGUGAAAGACUCUGGCGUAUGGGUGAACAACCGGGCUGGCACCGAACCCAAAGAUCUAUACGUCACACGUGGCUUCAAUCUGUUCUACCUCGAAGCUGGAGGUUUUGUUCGAUUCAGAGGACCGAUAUCUGGACCAAUCUCCGCACGAAUGGGUAUCAGCUUUAUCAGCACUGAUCAGGCUUGCCAGUCUGCACAGGACGAGAUACCUGGGCCAGACUAUGAUUUCGAUGGUCUUGUGAGCAAAGCGCAGGACGCGUGGAGAAAGAAGCUCGCUCCAAUCUCUAUCGAAUCUGGCGGGGUAGACGAAAAUAUGCUCGUCAGCUUUUGGACUGCCGUCUACCGCACCAUGAUAUCACCGCAGGAUUACACAGGUGAAAACCCACACUGGACUUCAUCGGAACCGUACUUCGACUCCUUCUACUGCCUUUGGGACAUGUGGCGCGUGCAACUCCCUUUCCUUACCAUACUGGACCCUCUUCAACAGUCGCGCAUCGUUCGGAGCCUCCUAGAUAUUUACAAGCAUCGUGGUUGGCUACCCGACUGUAGUAUGAGCACCUGCAAAGGCUGGACGCAAGGUGGGUCUGACGCAGACAAUGUACUUGUCGAUGCGUACGUGAAGAAUCUUACCAAUAUCGACUGGAAUCUCGCAUACGAAGCGAUAGUCAAUGAUGCAGAAAACGAGCCACUCGAGUGGAGCGUCGAGGGACGUGGCGGACUUGCCUCGUGGAAGCGACUAAACUACGUACCAUACCUGGAUUUUGAUCCCAACGGGUUCGGCACAAACUCGCGGAGUAUAUCGCGGACACUAGAGUAUUCGUACAAUGACUUCAACCUAGCCACUCUUGCAAAAAGUCUUGGAAAAGAUACUUACAAGAAAUACAUCGCACGUGCGGGUAGUUGGCAACAUCUGUUCAAGGCUGAUCAGCCAUCGGAUAUCAACGGAACAGACACAGGCUUCACAGGCUUCUUUCAGCCCAGGUACCUAAACGGAACCUGGGGCUACCAGGAUCCGAUCGCUUGCUCUCCACUUGCCGAUUUCUGCUCCCUAACAAGUAACCCGAGUGAAACUUUUGAGAGUAGUGCAUGGGAAUACAUGUUUUUUGUACCUCACGACAUUGCCAAACUUAUCGAGCUACUCGGCGGAGAAGAAACCUUCCUUGAGCGACUCGACUUCUUCCACACAUCCGGCCUCGCAGAUAUUGGCAACGAGCCUGUCUUUCUUACAGUUUAUAUGCCGCACUAUGCGGGUCGUCCAGGACUUAGUGCGAGAAGAGCGCACUACUACAUACCCUCCCACUUUAACUCUUCGCUCGACGGGCUUCCAGGAAACGACGACUCGGGAGCCAUGGCGUCUUUCACUCUAUUUUCAACUAUUGGCCUCUUUCCCAAUCCUGGUCAAAACGUGUACUUCAUCAUUCCACCCUUCUUCGAAUCUGUCAGCAUCACCUCGCCCGCCACGAACAAGACCGCCACGAUAAAGAAUGUCAACUUUGAUAGGGGGUUUCAAAACAUCUACAUUCAGAGCGCCAAGCUAAACGGGGACGAGUAUAGCAAGAAUUGGAUCGGACACGAGUUCUUUACCGAAGGAUGGUCACUCGAGUUGGUACUGGGGAGGGAAGAGAGUUCGUGGGGAACUAGAGUGGAGGACAGACCACCGAGCUUCUCGGACGCGACUGGGAGCGUAGGUUAUAUGGAUUGA